AUGAAAACCUAAAAUAACUUUGCUCAUUUCUCAAGAGGAGGUAAAUUAUCAAGUCCAUAUUUAUAAUUUACUAAAGUAGAUGGUGAAACUGCUAAAAAGGCAUUCACACCCUAAGAACUCAAAUAAAUUAUGGAUAUGUUUGUUUAUUUUGAUAAAAAUGGAAAUAACACUAUUAAAAGAGAUGAUUUGGGCUUUGCUUUAAGAGCUAUUGGAUAUUUAGUGACAACAAUAGAAAUUAGAGAAUUAGGUAUGUUUUUAGAUCCAAAAAAAACUUAAUUUUUGAAUUUUGAAUAGUUUAUAACAGCAUGCUAUAAUGUAAGAAAUCGUAAACCAAAUAAAUAAGAAAUCAUUAAUGCUUUAAAGACAUUUGAAAAAAACAAAUCUGGUUAUAUUGAAGUUAAAGAAAUUAAAUCAAUAAUUACUAAAAUAGGAGAUGCACUUAAUUUAACAGAAUUCGAUAUUGUUAUUUCAGAAAUAACCUAAUCUUAAAAUGGAUUUAUAAAAACUGAAGAUUUAGUUAGUUUACUUAUUAUGUCAUGA